AUGAGGGAUUUAUUCCAGCAACAGGAGUUGGAGACCAACAAUAUUCCUAGAGCAGCAAACCCAGCAAUGCUAACAAUCCUGCUGCAGGAUCCACUGCAGCUGCGCCAGCCAUGGGGAUCAGCCAGCCUGGAAGAGCCUGCCUCGUGGGGCAGCCUGACCCACUGGGCUACCAUCUGGACCCAGAUCCAGUGUUUGCAGUUGGCCAACCUCAACACCCACUCCAUCUACAAGCUGCUGAAGCAAGAGGAGACGCCAGGGCUGCAGAACCAGAUCCAGGAACACACCAUCAGCCACGAGGAUGAAACCCUGAAGCGUGACUGCUAUCAAAGACGUUUCCAGCAAUGGUCUGGUGGCUGUGACCCUGUGACCCAUGGUACCAACAAAGGCCAUGUGGAUGUCUGGGCAUGUUUGGGUCAUGGUUCCGCUACUGCUAGGGCCCAUGUUACCACACAAGGCCAUGCAGAUGACCAUGAUCUGUGCUACCACCUGAAGCCAUGUUGGAUUCUGUGGUCCAUACUGACACUAGACUCCAUGCUGAGGUCUGUGACUCUUGCUAACACUGGAGGCAGUGGCAGCUUGAGCGAGGGGGUGGGCGCCCAACACGACUCCUCAGGCAGCCUCAACGAGUACUCAGACGGCAUUGGAGUUGCUCUAGGUCGUAACCAGCCUUUGAAAAGGGAGAAACCAAAAUGGAAAAGCGAUUUUCCCAUGACAGAUGGACAACUGCGCAGCAAGAGGGAUGAAUAGGGCACUGCACCAGCUUUUGAAGGGCGGAAAGAGGUCUGGGAUGCCUUGAUCACGAACUGGCAAGCAAUCAUCGAUGGUGCAAACAUAACACUACCACACGGUGCACUGACGGAGUGCUUAGAUGAGCUGGGGAACCCAUACCAGCUGCCCUUGGCACCACCAAUCAACAUGACCGAGGAAAAGAGUGGCAUAGAGGCUCUGGAUAUCCCUGAGCCACCUCCCAGUUCUGGACGUGAGUCUCAGCUCCGUCUGCGCCUCUCCACAAGCAAAGAACACAGGCGCAGCACAGACAUGGUAUUCCACGUGAAGAGGCGCUUAUAUGAGACAGAAGGGGUGGGGCCAGGCAGCCAUCAGUGGUUCUUCUCUGGCAGGCCUCUGAAACCGGAGGAGCCGAAGAUCCCAAAGGACUAUGUGGUACAGGUUAUCGUGAGCCAGCCUGUGCAAAACCCAACACCAGUGGAGAACUGA